UCGGUGCUCCCCCCAGACACUGACCCUGGGUUCUUCGAGCACCUUCGGGCUCUUGACUGCUCUGGGGUGACGGUGCGGGCCCUGCCAGAGGGUUCCCUCGCCUUCCCUGGCGUGCCGCUGCUGCAGGUGUCUGGGCCCCUCCUUCUGGUCCAGCUGCUGGAGACUCCGCUGCUGUGUCUGGUCAGUUAUGCUAGCCUCGUAGCCACCAAUGCUGCUCGGCUUCGCCUGAUCGCAGGGCCGGAUAAGAGACUGCUAGAGAUGGGCUUGCGGCGAGCUCAGGGUCCAGAUGGGGGCUUCACGGCCUCCAUUUACAGCUACCUGGGCGGGUUCAACAGCAGCAGCAACACCCUUGCUGGACAACUGAGGGGUGUGCCCGUGGCAGGGACCCUGGCCCACUCCUUUGUCACUUCAUUUUCGGGUAGUGAGGUGCCCCCUGACCCGAUGUUGGCUCCAGCUUCUAGUGAGGGCCCCGCAGUGGACCUGACGGCCAGUGUCAAUUUGUGGCUGAAGCGUGUGUGCAGCUAUCUGGGGUUGGAGGUGCAGGAGCCACAUCCAGGGGAAAGGGCAGCAUUUGUGGCCUAUGCGCUGGCCUUUCCCCGGGCUUUCCAGGGCUUGCUAGAUUCCUACAGUGUACGCAGGAGUGGUCUUCCCAACUUUCUGGCCGUAGCCCUGGCACUGGGGGAGCUGGGCUACAGGGCAGUGGGCGUGAGACUGGACAGUGGUGAUCUGCUUCAGCAGGCUCAGGAGAUCCGUGGGAUCUUUCGAGCUGUUGGUGCCCAGUUCCAGGUGCCCUGGCUGGAAUCUGUCCCCAUUGCAGUCAGCAACAACAUUGAUGAGAAAGAACUAACACGACUGUCCCAAAAGGGCAGUGAGGUGAACGUCAUUGGCAUUGGCACCAGUGUGGUCACCUGUCCCAAACAGCCUUCUAUGGGCUGUGUCUACAAGCUGGUGUCUGUGGGAGGCCGGCCGCGAAUGAAGAUGACAGAGGACCCCGAGAAGCAAACCCUGCCGGGGAGCAAGGCUGCCUUCCGGUUCCUAGGCUCCGAUGGGUCUUUCCUACUGGAUCUACUGCAGUUGGCCGAAGAGCCCCCACCCAAGGCCGGGCAGGAACUCAGGGUUUGGCCCCGAGGGGCCCGGGAGCCCUGCACUGUGAAGCCAGCCCAGGUGGAGCCAUUGCUGAGACUCUGCCUGCAAGGGGGACAGGUGACUGCCCCUCAUGUACCUUCACUUCAGCUGAGCUCUGAUCCCCAGCCAGCAUCUCUACCUUCCCUUUCUCCUCCUCUGCAGCUGUGUGAGCCACUUCCAACUCUCGACGAGUCCAGAAGCUUUGCCCAGCAGUCCCUGAGCCGCCUCAGCCCUGCUCAUAAGCAGCUGCAGAACCCUACAGUGUAUCCGGUUGUGCUGUCAGAGAAGCUGCGGGCACUGGUAGACAGUCUGAGUGCUGGAGGGCCCUUGUAAAAAUCACAGGGGUGGUGAACUACCAGAAAUAACAUGACUCACUGU